UUUUCCGUCGGAAAUAUUGAGUUAACCCUAACUCACAUCCUAUCCUCUCGAUGCACUCACACUCCACACUCUCUGUCAUAGGAGCUUCUUCAUAUCCUCUCAGAUGCUAUCCUCUCAGAGCUUCUUCUUCUCUCCGUCCACGCUCUCUCCAUCAUAGAAGCUUCUUUCACCGCCGCCGCUCUCUCCAUCGCUCCGUCCACGUUCUCAUCACUGACAGCAAUGGCCAUUCGCUGAUCAUCUCCAUCCACCGGUUCAGUUCCUUGUUCAGGUAUGGCUUCAGGAAUCGAAACCAUUACACACUAAACAAACCAACAAACCCUAGCAACAACAUUAUCAAUCUUACUCUCACUUUGUAAACUUGAAGUGCAGCGAUUAGAAUCUUCUCUGGUUAGAUUUUCAAGCAGUGAAACUGUUACUGCAGAAUUCUGCGGUGAAGAAUGCCAUUCCAUACUAUAGUACUAGGAAAAAACCAUCUACUUUGAAAAAUGAGAGAGAAAACAUGAAAGAUCAACUGGACCUUCGUUAUAGUAGCAAAAAUCAGAGUGAGGUGGAAGUGGAAACUGAACUUGGAAUUCUUGAUGAAAGUAUUAAUACUGUAGAAAUAGAUCCAAUAUCAAAGAUUCAGUCAUCACUUGAUAGUUCUCUUGCAAAAGCUACAAAAACGAACAACAUACAUGAAGAUCCCAAGGCCACGCAAAUGGUUCAAUAAAAUCAAUGGGGGAAGGAGAACUUGUGACAAAAGAAAAUUUGAACGUAUAAAAUCAAUGCUAGAGGCAGAGUUAAGUGAUAUUCAGGAGCGGUACUUCCACAUGAGCCUUAAAUAUGCUGAGGUAGAAGCCGAGCGUGAAGAACUUGUGAUGAAGCUCAAAGAGGUUGGAUUGAUGGAAGAAACCAAGCGGUUGCUGAGUGAAAAAGAAAUUUUGAGCCUUAAAGUGGAGAAUUUACUGGGAAAAAUUAAUCUUCUUGAGAGUGAUUUGAGUUUCUUUGUUGAGAACGAGUUUUCUAGGCACUUGCAGCAUUAGUACUUAAGACUGGUGUUACCAUUCAGUAACGUACAGCUUCUUCACAAAGGUAAUUUGUACUCCUUUAUGAAGUAGAAGGAUACACUUCCAGUGGCUUUUAUAUACAAAUCAUGUAUGCUUCAUCUCCAAAUUUGUUCGAUGCUUUUGCUCCUGGAAUUUUUAUUGAAUUUGUUUUGCAUUCUAAUAAACCAUGUCUGUACAAUUUUGGUUGACUAUCUGACAUAACAAAUUUUCAAUCCUCCAUUUUAAACAAUAUUUUCAAUAAUAUAAUUAUAUAGAAGGGUCAGUCAGUUGUUGUUAAAGGAAUGGAUUCACAGCUUUAAUUUUUGUCAAACACUAAAUAAAGCAAUGAUUUUUUUUGGAAGAACUUAGAAAAUUGUAAUAGUACUAGGAUAAGAUUUUUUUUUUUUCUGAAAUAAAUGGUUUUUGGAUUUAGAUUGAAGAUGGUUUGAAAGGGUAAAAAUAAUAAAAUAGUUUUUUGAACUUAGAUUGAAGAUGAAGAUGUUUGAUGGAAGCAAGAAUGAAGUGACUUGCAUUGAAUUUGGUUUCUAUAUUAGGUUUGUUACUUUGUUUCCACCUACCAUUGCUGAUAUAUAGCUGAGUGAACUUUGGUACAUGUCAUGAAAUCUAUUAUGAUCAGUUCCACAUAAAUUAAACUCCAGAGAACCCCUUAAUAUUUAUUCCUCGUAUGAUUAGCUUGCAGAUACAAAUAAUCACUAAUAUUUUUCUAGUGCUUAAAGUAACCUUGGUGUUUCAUUCAUAUAGAUAUAUAUCAUAGAAGAUUAUAUAGACACAGUUAUACAUACAUGUAAAAAAUCUCUUUGACAUAUAUAGCAUUAUUUAAUUUCCUUAUUUUUCAGAACUAUAUGUAAUAUAAAAGGUUAUAUCCAUUAUGAAGCAUUUAAGCUUAUCAUCAAAUUCUAAAGUUAAAAAGUGGUCUCAGAUGUCUUAAUAACAUAAAAGUUUGAUGGUGAGUAUAAAGGUGAGCUAUAACAGGUUCAUGUAGCAUAGUCCAGAAAGUUGUGAGGAAAGGUGGGAUGAUGAAGAAGAAGUAGUAGCAGCAGAAAGAGCAAGUGAAGUGAAUUUUGCAGAUGAGAUAAGUGGAAUUAACACAGGACCUCCUUCACCAACUUCAUCUAAUGAAUCCUCUGUUACAAGUUAAUUAUUAGAGCAGCGAAAAUUGUUCAAAUGAGUUAAGAAAUUGAAUAGGAGUUGCUUGCAGCAUAGGUCUUUUAAUUUACUAGUAUGAGGAAAAUUAUUUAGAGCCCUUUGGAUACCCAUUAAUGAUUUUUAAUUUACUCAAUAAAAUUUGUUGAUGUAUGGUUGUUAUUUAUUAUUAUAGUUGAUGUAU